AGAGCAGACCGCGCCUAUCGAUGUCGACUCAAAUAGCAAGGCAGCAUGGAAUCUGAGUAAAUACACCUCUUCCAGCCAAUGAAAGGGACGUGCAUGCUUCAUAAUGCACAGAAGGUUUGGAUGCUUGGUAGAUGUCAUGUGUAUAUUCAUGUCUCUGUCUUUCAGAGCAUGCGCCAUUAUUAAUUUAGACAAAACACCGUAGAUUAGCGUUAGUUAUGUGCAUGAAAUAAAAAUCUCAGAAAUGCGUGAUGAGGGCUAUUUGACUAAGAGAUGUACCAGCUCACUUUUGGUGAUGGGCAUGUGAUGCAUUAAUGUAAAUAUGUCUAUUACACUGUGUGCAUUUGUAUCUAAACAUUACAUAGUGGUGUAUUUGUAUGUAGUUGUGUGUAUGUGUGUUGUUGUAUUUAAAACAAUCAAGCAUGAUUAUUUUGUUUGUUUAAUGUUUUAUUAUAAUAUCAGAAAGAAAUCUAAGAACAUCUAAAAUAUCAUUAUCAAUAUAUCAUCAUUUCAGUAAAAAUAUGUUAAAUUCCUCCAAUUGCUUAAUAAGAGGUAAUGUGUUAAUGUGUUUAACCAGCUGUCUUUUUAGUGGGUUAGGAACUUGUGGUUGUUGCCUGAUACUACUACAGAACAGAGAAAAAAGAAACUGAAGUCUCGUUUGGUCGCGGCUGUGGUUUGAAUUAUUUCAAACUCUGAAACCUGCAUCUUGACAUCCCACGGGGAGCUACUCGAUGGUUCUAGAUGUGAGGUCCAGAUUUGCUUGGUCUCAGCAGGAGAUGGCCCGGCAGAGCCGUGUCACUGUGUGUGUUGGUGCUGAAAGCCUGGAGGAACCGUGGGAGCGAGUUGGCUCUGGGGGAUUCGGUUGUGUCUACAAAGCCAGGCACAAAGAGUGGAGGAUCGAUGUGGCCAUCAAGCUGCUAGAUUGUGAUUUUGGUUUAUGGGAAGAGGCUAAUAAUUUGGAUUUGGCUUCCUGUGAAUUUGUUCUGAGGGUUUACGGACUUUUUCAAGGCCGUCCCCCGAUAAGAGGAAUACCUGAAAAGCAGGGAAUAGUCAUGGAGUUCAUGCGCAGAGGAUCUGUUGAAAGCCUGCAGAAGGACCUGCGUGGCCCUCCACCAUGGCCCCUGGCCUUCCGUUUGGCCCACGAAGUGGCUCUAGGCCUAAACUUCCUCCAUUCAAAAAACCUUGUGCACAGUGAUCUGAAACCAAGCAACGUCCUGCUGAACGACGACUUCCAUGCCAAGCUUGCAGAUUUCGGCCUCUCCAGAGUUUCCGCCAGUGUUCUGAACAACAACGGAGAAUCAACAGGACAGUCCGGAGGCACUUUCAAGUACAUGCCUCCAGAGGCUUUCGAACUAUCCUAUAAUUUUGUCCGUUCGUUCGACAUAUACAGGUACUGUAAAUAUUCAGAUUCAUGUUGGAAAGAAGGAAUAAAGUUCAACAACAUAAACAGUAGAUGUGUCUUAAUCAGCUAUGGCAUCUUUCUCUGGUCGGUUCUUACUGGUAAAGAGCCCUACGAGGUGGCACAUAAUUACAGUCAUGUGGCUCUGAGGAUAAAUGACGGCGACAGACCUCCCCUGACUGCCAUCGACCAGAGUGGGCCGAAUGAUUUAGGAAAGCUGGCUGAGCUCAUGACGAAGUGCUGGGUUAAGGAACCCACCCAAAGGCCGAGCUUCAGAGAAUGCCUCAAUGUCACUGAAGAUGUGUUCUUAAUGCACGAGAGUGGAAUUCCAGAUGCCAUCAGUGAUGUCUUGACAAGACUGACACCAGGUGUUUCUCCUCUGACUUCAGAAGAGCCAAGCUCAAAUAACACUGUAUAUCUAUUGACACCUGAAAAUUCAGAAACAAAACAGCAGAAUCUGGUCAGAAGAAUGAGUGAUGCAGAUAAAGCAAAAUUUGUUGAUGGCAAAAUGGCAGAGUUGGUUCAACGUGUUCCUGAGGUAACGGCCAUAGUUGACCAGCUUGGAACCAUGGUUCACAGUGAAACCUACUCAGUGAUUGAAAGUAAAGCGACAAGCCAGGAUAAAAUGAGGACGCUGUAUCGAAGGACACUGCACUCAGGAGGGGUAAAGGUCAAAGCAGCGUUCUACGACAUCCUUAUAAAAGAUUACCCUGAUCUAGUGACGAGUCUGGGUGGAGAGCUUUGAUAUCAGCGUAGCCCUCUUGCUACUUCUUCUUGCUACUUAUUUGUCUAUGUACAAUGAACAGGAUUUUUUGUAAUAAACACGUUUCAUGCAACAGG